UCCAAGACCUGAGCCAUGAGCAGAAUACGAAAAGCUUCCAGUGAAACAGCAAUCUGCUCUGGAAAUCUGGGAUCAGGCUUACACUGAUUUUUUAACUCUGCAUUAACCAUGGUAUUUACUCAAAAAAUGAAGACAGUGUUGCUCUUUGUUUGUCUUUUUGGCCUUGCCUUUGCAUACACAAAUUCGUCAUCCUCAUCAAGUGAAAGCAGUGAGAGCAGUAAGUCUGACUCUUCUGAUUCAUCUUCUGAAGAGAGUCAUACUACAGGACCUGCUGUGACAGCAACUGCUAAACGACUUACCUUUCCCAGAGGAGACAAUUUUAGAGCAAGACGGGACCUUGUUUUGAAUCUGCUCAAGCGUGAUUUGAAAGGAAAAAAGAGAGGAUCUAGCAGUGAAUCUGAUGACAGCACAACACAUUCAGAGGAUCGCAGCUCAACCACAAAGAGCACCAGUACCCACUCCCAUUCCUCAGAAAGUUCUGAAGAACACACAAAUCCCACUCUGCAGAAAGUUGUUUUUACACCUGAGCCUAACACAUCUGAGGAAAGCUCUGAAGAGAGAACAACCAAGAUUCCUGUUGUUUAGUAUGAAAAAUUGGCAUAUCUCAGCACAUUUAUUGUUUUGUUAACUUGUUUAGUCUUCUGCUCUUAUAUGUGUAUGAAUGUAUACGUGUUCUGUAUUAAUGACAUUUCCACUAUUAUUGCCACAGUACUCUAGCUGCAGGUCUGCAGGUCUGUAGGAACACAUAUCACAUAGGAGCAUGUCUAUGUCUAACCCUUUUGUGCUGCUAUUAAACCUGCAAUUCAAGAGGAUUCUUGAUUUUCUGAAUUAUAUGGCAAACCCCCAAGUCCAUAGAAAUUAUGAUUAGUUACCUACCUUUAUUAUAUUAAUCAGGUUAAAAUGUUUUUUCCAGUAUAAGUAAUAAAAUAGAUUUGAUUGCAUUACAUUUAAAGCAAUGACACCAGUUACAUAUUUUACCUACUUGCUUAUCCUUAUCGAAUCAAAACACUACACCUUGAGACCAGAUCACAAGCUUUCAAAUAGCUUGUACCUUGUGGCUAUUUAAGUCAAUAUUUCUGUAUCCUCUGUGAAGGAUUUAGCCUAACACUGAACCCAAUGGGAACCCUAAUUUGCAUAUUGAAAUUUGAAGUGACUGCACCAUUUUAAAAAAAAGUCACGUAAAACUAGUGUUUGGGUCGGGUUUUGCAUGCAACUCAGCCAAAGCUGAAUUAUACAAAAAGUGCUGGGAAUCUGUCAAACAGAAUGCUGGAUCUGGUGUAUACCUAAUUUAAAGGUCCAUGCUUUUAAAUAUGUACAGGUUUCUGGUCUCUGAUCAAAAGUGUCUCCAGAAAUCGUAAUUACAUACCAAAGGUGUGAUACUUUUGUGGUUAUUGUAAAAUGCAAAGACAUUCUAUGAUGGGGUUCAUAUUUUUGAGGUCCUGCCUGUUCCAGAACUAUCCAUUCUGAGUUGUAGGUCUACAAGAGCUUGAGAUUAUGCUAUCUCCUCUUUUUUCUUUUAUGUAUUGUACCAUUAUUCAGAAGAUGUGUUUUUCAAGGGUGUAUGUGUGGAAUAAAUAUAAAAUAAUUUAAUUCCUGCUGCUAAAAGUUAGUUAUCAAUACACUGAAAGCCUGCUACUUUAACAACAUAGACACGUAUACAAACUUUGAUGUGUAGAUGUGGAGACAAGCAAGUGUUUUUCUUCUGCAUGCAUUAAUACUUGAUUCUAACUUGUAAGUAACUGUAUACAUGAACAAAUCUAAAGUUAUUUCAUUAUCUUUUAUGACAUUUUCCAAAUAAGAUUCUUUCUGGAACAUGUUACUGUUUUCACUUUGAAGUCUAAUAAAAACCUAACUAUAUCAAUA